CUUAAUAGCACAAUUCUGUUACAAUGCUUAUUGUCGUGUUAAUCAUCUCGUGCUUCAUAAUAAUAAAAGAAAUGUUUUUCAAAUUGCCGACAUUUUUCUAUCUGACACCUAAAAAUGAUAAGGUUAACAUUUGUGACAAUAGAAAAAAUUCGGAGAUAACUGAUGUCGUCGGUGCAAAAUUAACCUGUUGUGACAAGUUCCUUAGCGCGAAAAAUAAACAUAGUGUAGUAAAUUCCAGUAACCACAUGGGAAAUAACUUGAUAGGAGGAAAAAUGUUUCCGUACCUCAUUGAAGAACGAGAGGGUCGAAGAUCUCCAAGAAAUGAAUCUCCUAAAAGAAGAGCUUGUGAAGAAGACAGGAAUGGGAACAACCUCGCGAGCAGACAUAGCACUGGUCUUCUCUCCCCAAGAUGUCAAAAUUUGUUGUCUAGUAUAUCACCGGCUCCCAGUCCUCCAAAAUCACCUACACCGAAGAAAGCAUCCAGAUCGAAGAGGGAAUCGGUAUACGACUACAAAUCUGAGGCUGCUAAAAAGGUAGAAAUGAUUGCCAAAAGCAGAGACGAGCGUCGCCAACGCCAAGCUGACGAAAAAGCCCACAAGGAACAAUUGGUACAGCUAGAACAAAACAACCCCUAUUGGGAGUUUGCCCAAAUGAUCAACGAAUACAGAGCCGCCUUGGACUUCCGGCCCCUCAGAGAAACCGAUCCUGUAAUCGAGAAUCAAAUCACGGUGUGCGUGAGAAAGAGACCCCUCAACGAUAAAGAAAUCCGCAGGAGAGAAGUAGACGUCAUUUCCGUUCCUACAAGAAACCAGCUGCUCGUCCACGAACCUAAACAUAAAGUCGAUCUGACGAAGUAUUUGGAAAAUCAGCAUUUCCGUUUCGAUUACGUUUUCGAUGACAGCUGUACCAAUGAUUUGGUUUACAAAUUCACGGCCAAACCUUUAGUGAAGACCAUAUUCGAAGGAGGCAUGGCUACGUGCUUUGCAUAUGGUCAGACAGGAUCCGGAAAGACCCAUACUAUGGGAGGUGAAUUUAAAGGUAAACAACAAAACUUCAAAAGUGGCAUCUACGGUUUGGUUGCCAACGACGUGUUCAAACUACUCACUCAUCCAAAGUACGCAAGAAUGAACUACACGGUAUCAGCUAGUUUUUUCGAAAUAUAUGGAAAACUGGUAUUUGACUUGCUUGCAAAGAAACAGAGACUGAGAGUAUUGGAAGAUGGAAAGCAGCAGGUUCAAGUCGUCGGACUAACUGAAAGAGCCGUUACUAAGGUAGAACAUGUGUUAGACCUCAUUCAAAAAGGAAGCGUAGAAAGAACAUCGGGUCAGACUUCAGCAAACUCUAACUCAUCAAGAUCUCACGCAGUCUUUCAAAUAAUUCUCAGGAAGAACGGGUCUAAACAUAUUGAUGGGAAAUUUUCUUUGAUUGAUCUUGCCGGUAAUGAAAGAGGUGCGGAUAACAGUAAAUCCAACAGGCAGACCAGAAUCGAAGGGGCUGAUAUUAAUAAAAGUUUGUUAGCCUUAAAAGAAUGUAUUCGAGCCUUGGGUAGAAAAGGUGCCCAUCUACCUUUUAGAGGAAGUAAACUCACCCAAGUUCUGCGAGAUUCCUUUAUUGGAGAAAAAUCGAGGACAUGUAUGAUUGCUCUCAUAUCUCCAGGAAAUUUUUCUGUGGACCAUUCCCUAAAUACAUUACGAUACGCAGAUAGGGUUAAAGAAUUAAUAGCUAAUGACAAUUUAGAUGUGGAAGAUACUCCGGCCACUAUAAAUGAAGACGAUGUAUCAGAAGACAACAUAGAUGUUGACAUAGACGAAGAAUUGUUGAGAGCUGAAGAAAAACGCCUACAAAUGUCUUCUUUGGAGUGGGAACUAAGAGAAAGCCAACGGCAUGUUAUACAGAGCUGUGUUAACUUCCACGACAUGGCAUGUAACUUAUAUAAUUCGGCUGAUGAAAAUGGAUUUGAUAAACAGCAUUACGCCAAAAAGUGGAGAGGUCUGUUAAAUGAAAUUGUUGAUAUACAAAAGGGGGCGUUAAUAAAAGCUAAUGAAUUCUGUCAAGCUCUUGAUGGUGUUUGAUGCCUUUCCUCUGUAAUUUGUUUCUUUUAUAAUUGAAUGUAAUGUUUGAAAUUAAAGGCUUUACUAAUUUUUUAAA